GGAACAAAUGGCUUUCGCUCUAGACCAGUACAACACAGUCCGACUGCUAUUUUGGAAGACGGGAGAAACGAGGGAUCUGAUCUGUGGCCUAAGCAGGAAUGCACAGUCCAGCCUCUCAACAAAAAGCUACACCAAAUAUAACUGCAAGGCUCCGGGUGACUAAAGGGAAAUAUCGGGCCUGCUCUGGGAAUUUGCAUGUGCCCUCGAGACGUUGUCGUUGGGAUUGAGGAUGGAGUUGCCUUAUCGGGAUAUACAAGAGCUUUUGUCUUUUUUGUCGCCCAACUGCUUCCAUUUGUUUCCGUUUAAAAAAAAACAAUGAGACUGGAACUAUAAAAACUGGAGUUUGUGGGCCUGGUUCUACAGCCGCCCUCCCGUUUCCUGCGUACUCGUGUCUUUUCUCUCUUUUUUAUUAAGUUACUACACUCAUUAUCUUUAUUCUGAAAGCCUAGUGCUUCAUUACUUUCUUAUAACUCCUCAACUUUACUUCCUUACUCCCACAAAGUCUAGACGACAUGAUUGCUGGUCUCUCAAAAGCGGUUACUCUCUACCUUGCCACGCUUCUAUCUAUGACAUUCAUAUUCCUUUCCUACUUCGCCUACUUUGCACCAGUAAUGUUGCUGGCAGACAGAGUAUCUCUCUUGUCGGUCGAUCCAUCGACUGUCUUGCAAGAUAAUUCUGCUUCGAGUGACAAUGUCGAUGGACCUACUGUGCACAUUGGCGCUCUAGGGUCUUGCUCUCGGCCAAAGCACGAUGCACCCUUCAAUUGCACCAUUGCCACCCUUUCACCUGAAUCAGACCUUUCGGAUCUACCUCCCAAUGUACCAGGACUCUUAACGUCUCCGCCGUCCUCCGCGCCCGGCUUUAUCGCAGUCUCACUAGGAUUCUCCACUAUUUUUGUCCUUCUCUUCACCCUCAUCUCUUUGAGAAGCAAGCUCGGCCCCAAGCUCGGUCCUGCGUUGGACAAGCCUUUCCUCAACCGUGCAGUAGCUUGGUUAGGUUUACUCGGCUUCAUGAUCGGUCUGACCUCAUUCCUGGUCGUCCGUAUGUGGUUCGAGAAGGCCAUCACCGACUUCAACUCAGGUAUUCAGAGCCUUGGAAAGGAUGGUCCAGCGGUCAUUGCAUCUGCUGGCAAUGGAUUCACCAUGGUGUGGGUAGCCUACGCAUUCCUUGCCGUCCCUCUGGUUUGUUCGCUUGCGAAGCUGCACGUCACCGCGGGCAAGUAGAUAAGAACCGUGCUCUCCCUUUCUUCUUCACGAGCGCAGUCACGACAUACGGCUGACCCAAACACAUCAUGGAUCUGAACAGACCUUCGGACUCUUACAUAUAGCAUAAAUACAGUACAUAAUCUCUCGAGCAUUUACUGGCAUUUUUUUCUGUGUCGAAUACACCUAUAUAUCUG